UCUUUGACCCCCGAACCCGGAGACCGCGCAGGAGCAAACGAUUGCCAAGCAGACCGGUUCUUCAACCUCCCGGCGGUUCGCACGAGCCCUGGUCCGCCGUCAGUCAGCGCGAGCCAACCGCGCGGAUCUGGGGGUCUCUGUCUUCUCGUCGCCAGCGACUCUCUGUUUGGUAACGGUAGGUGUGGAUGGCAUCGGCUGAAACUGCAGGUAUUGAAAGAGGGCCAGUACCAACCAAUGGUGCUCCAAGGAAACCGCGGAUAUUGCUGGCCGCUAGUGGAAGCGUGGCCGCAAUCAAGUUUGGGAACCUCUGUCAUUGUUUCUCCGAGUGGGCCGAAGUGAAAGCAGUUGCCACUAGGGCUUCUUUACAUUUCAUUGAUAGAGCAUCACUGCCCAGGGAUGUGGUACUUUACACUGACGAGGAUGAGUGGUCAAGUUGGAAUAAAUUAGGGGACAGCGUCCUUCAUAUUGAGCUGCGCCGAUGGGCCGAUAUCAUGAUCAUUGCUCCACUAUCGGCGAAUACGCUGGGCAAGAUUGCAGGAGGCUUGUGCGACAAUCUGCUAACAUGCAUAGUACGAGCAUGGGACUACGCCAAGCCCCUCUUUGUCGCACCAGCUAUGAACACUCUCAUGUGGAAUAACCCGUUCACCGAGCGGCAUCUUAUGACAGUUGAUGAGCUCGGAAUAUCUCUGAUUCCUCCUGUAUCAAAGAGGCUGGCUUGUGGUGACUACGGAAAUGGGGCAAUGGCCGAACCUUCGCACAUCUACUCAACCGUGAGACUUUUCUAUGAGUCUCGAGUUCAAGCAGGCAGUAGUAACUUUUAGGAAGCAUUUGUAUGAUUUUAGAAGUGAUCUAAUCCGGUGGCCAUUCUCGCACUAUGUUUUUCAUAUAUUUUUAACUAGCAGGAUGAUGCCGAUUCAAAGACAGAGGUUUACCUAAUCACUGGGCCAAAUUUUUGGUUUGGUUAUCUAGUGCUACUAAUCACCUAUGUAAUUCAAGCAUCUAUUGUACAAACUUUGAGUUGGUGUGGCAUCAUUGGGUGCUGCUCUUAGUAAUCCGAAUGAAGUUCAUCUUCCCAAACAUUUGCUGAUCUCUCGAUCCUUACAUGCGGAGUGCGCACACAAUAGGUAGAGCGCAAUACUUUUCAGCUUUCCUUAUCUGUUUUGCUAUCUCCAUCUUCGACUCGGAUAAGAAAAGAAUAUUAAAUGUCAUUACUGCUUGAUAGAUUAUGAUGUCAUCGAGAACGACUCUGGUUACAGCGAAAUGAAACUUCGGGUCCCGGUGAAUCAGCGCCCGCUACAUCUGUUGGGGAAGAUUCUCUUAAAGUUACCAGCUUGUAUGUUUCUUACUUUCUACUUUACUUGCUAUUCUGAUGAUCUCCUUUGUUUCUUUUUUCACUUCAGCAUUCCUCCUCCAUGUAAAUUCACCUAAGGUUGACCACUUUCUCAA